AUGGCAUCAAUAACUCGUUUGUCAUUAACAUCAUCGGCAUUAUGUCGUUUAUUAAUGAAUCGUAAUGCUGGUCUUAUUCAACAACAUUUACCUUCAAUGAUUAUUCCGUCCGCUGCCCAACAACGAACAAUUGCUACUACAGCUGUUCGUCGAGAUAUUGAUUCAGCAGCUAAAUACAUUGGAGCUGGUGCUGCAACUGUCGGUGUAGCCGGUGCUGGUGCAGGUAUUGGAACAGUAUUUGGUUCACUUGUCGUUGCCUAUGCCAGAAAUCCAAGUUUAAAACAACAACUCUUCUCAUAUGCCAUCUUGGGAUUUGCUUUGUCCGAAGCCAUGGGUCUCUUCUAUCUUAAUCUUAGUAUUACAUCUGACGAUGAUUAUUUUGAUGCUAAUAAUUGUGAUGAUAUUGUUAUCGAAACAAUUGAAAAAACAGAUAAAAAUCUAAAUGAGAAAAAAGCAUCUCAUCAAUCGACAAUUAAAAAAUUAUUUACGGAAAACAUUCAAGAUCAAUUCAUAUCGAAUAAUUCAAUUUCACAAUCUGGUUAUUAUGGACCAAUAAAUACAAUUUUAUAUAGUAUAAUUGAACGUUCAGAAAGUUCACCAUUGAUUCAACAUGAUAAAUUUUCUACUGAUGAUAUUAUUGAACAAACGAAUGAUAUUCGUCAAAUGAUUCAAGCAUUACAUAAAGAUAUUUUACAACUUAAAACAAAUUCAAAGAAAGAAACAAUGAAUGAUCUAUCAAUAGAAGAACAAACUAUACUAAAUAUAGCUACAAAAAAUUUAAUUCAAGUAAUCAUAUCGACUAGAAUCGAUAAUAGAUCGAGUGAAACAAAACUGUUAAAUAAUGUUAAGAAUAAUAAAUAUAAUGAAAAUUCACAUUCAGAUAUUGCUUUAAAUGAAACAGAAAAUUUACUGACAAUGCAUUUUCAACAUCCUAAUUGUGUAACUGUAUUUACUAUAAAUUCUAGUAUGCCACAAGUACCAACUAAAACAACUGUAAUAGCUACUAGUGAUGAUGAUGAAGACGAAAAAUCAUAUGAUGAUUAUACUGUAACAUCACAACAUUUUAUAACUACUAAUGAAGACUUUGAAAAUAUUCUUUCAAGAGAUGAACGAAUAUCAAACAAUGAAUUAUUUCUACAGCAAGAUUCAGUUAUGUACAAUAAUGAACAAUUAGAUUGGCCUUAUCAUUCAUCAAAACUAGAUCCUUUUUCUAAUACUAUCCCAUCUCAUCUUCCUAUUGCUCAAUCUAAUAAUCGAGAUUCAUCAUUUAAACAAAUAUUUCUCUCUCGUUUUCAUCAUCAUCAUCAUCCAAUAAAUAAUCUAUCUACAUUACAAUCUUCAUCAAUUAAUGCUUCGAAUAAUCUUUCAUCUCAUUUAACAACUUUAAAUCAUUCAAAACAACGAAUAUUUCGAGUUCGUAAAAGUCGAAUUAUUGUUUCAUUCGAUGAUAUUCAACAAGAAGAUGAUGCUGGUACUACUGUCAUUUAUGAUAUAUUACUAGAUACUAAUCAUGCUCAUUCUGAUAAUGAACAACAAACAAAUGAUUCAAUUAUAUCACUUUUUCAUUCGUUUAAUUCAGCUAUUCAAGAAAGUGAAAUAUUAAUACCCAAUAAUCAAUCAUUCUAUCGAGACCGUAGUGAAAGUGAAGAUUCUUCAUCGGAGAUUAGCAAUAGUUUAUACAGUGUAACGAGUCAAUAUGUUUUUAUAUAA